AUGCCCGUCCUUGACGCACUAAGCCUGGAUGCAGAUUUGCGCCUAUUGGCAUCUGGUCAGCAGCCUUCUUCUCCAGCUCCGGCGGAAUAUCAGCGAUUGAGAACACUAUUUGAUCCUGUCCGGAACAUCUACGUGUCUGGGUUUCCCUUUUUGAUCGCAGAUCAUCUUAUGCUGAAGGACGCUUCGCAGGUUGCGGUCAUCCGAAAAGCAAACCAAGCCAUGUUCUGCUCUGCCGUCUUCGCCGGAGGCAUUGGCCAGCUGGCUUUGGAUCAAGCAUUUUUGGACGUUUUUGUUCCGAUGAAUGAUCAGCUACAGCAAACACAGUCAUGUAUAUGGCUCGAACUCAAGACCCAAGGCUUUAUGACGGCUAUGAGGCUCAAGGCCGCGCCACCAAACCAAGUUAUGUCGGACCUUUUCCCUCAAGGAACAGAGCACCGGCUUCUUGCCCGACACCCCGCAAACAAAUCACUCACAAUGAGUGAGCAGGACUUUAUGAGUAGAUUUGAGGCUCGGCGGAAGACACUGUACGAUCAUGUUGCGAGGAAUACUUUACCGGACCUUGACCAGAAGUUCCGGUACGAAGAACUCGCGAGAGAGGUCACAAACUUCCUCAUCAAGACCUAUGGUACAGCCAGGAGUCCUGCCCCUCCAAAUGGUAUUGCGACUGCACCUGAAGCUUCCCAGCCACAGGGAUACGCGCAAGCGCAGACGCAGAGUUCUACCCCGGCUAACACGUCACUCCCCCUUCCACAACUGCCUGCUUCUAUCGACAGCCUGCCCUCCUUUGACUCGGGAGAUUUCUUCCAACUGGCUGCCCGUGCUGCUGAAAUUGCCUUACGAGGCACUGUGAGUCCCGUCAUCGGCACCGCAAAACCGGUCGUUCAACCCAGUCCCAUUCCAGCACCACAGCCCAGACCCAAUGCCGCAGCACAGCUUGGAUAUCAGCAGCAAGCCCCGCCUCAGAACGGUAUCCAAGGGACGCCGAACCCGCCCGUUAGUACCGCGAACACUUACCCCGCUCCCGGAAGAACACCUCUGCCAACGGAGCAGCCAAAAUCGGGGACCACGGAACGGAUAGACCAGCCGCCUGAGAGCGGGAGGCAUCCUCAGGCUGGGGGUGUAGUGAAAGAUGCGGGCUCAGCUGAAAACCGGGAUAUCAAGGUGGAGCGGACCGCUCACAAUGAGUCAAUGGAAGAGCCUAGUAUGGAUAGACACACGAGCCCUGUGGUCGCUAGCGCCGUGCCAGCUGGUUCCGUAGGGGAUGACUUCGAGGCCAUGAUAGCUCAGGCUGCGGAAGCAGCGAGUGCCACAUAG